AUGAUCGUUGCCACAUGGAACAUAAGGGGACCGCAGCAACUCCCCACCCAAGCUGCAAUCGUCGAUUUUGUGAGAACGCAUAAGAUCGACGUCAUGGGUCUUUUGGAAACUAAGUUCAAGAAGGAGAACUACACUUUCUUCCUUGAAAAUAACUUCAGGGAAUGGAAAGCCGUGGACAACUUCGAGUUGAUCGGAAAUAGCCGAAUGCUUCUAAUCUGGAAUCCAAUCAAAGUGGAACUCGAGCCGAUCAGAGUGGAAGAACAAGCCAUCUACGCCAAAAGCAGGUGCUUGACUUCCAAUAAUUCGUUUCAUUUUGUUUUGGUUUAUGGAUUGCACACUAUACCGGAUAGACGCCCUCUAUGGGACUCGUUAGUUGAGCAUGUGAUGCAGGACGAGCCGACAUUCGUUAGCGGUGACUUCAAUAACGUGCUUGCCGAGGAUGAGAGAGUAGGGGGCUCUGUCCCAACCGAAUAUGAGAUAAAGAACAUGGUGGACACGUGCUUCAAUAAGCUAGUGGAGGUUAAUUGGGCCUCCAACAUCCGAGGGAAGGCUCAAUUUGUGCUCGUCGAACGAGGGAAAGAGUUCAAGAAGCAUCUCAAGGAGUUCAACGUCAAGGAGUUUAGUGAGCUCUCAAAGAGGGCCAAGGAGGCCGGGGUAAAGCUUGAGACGUUGCAGAAACAGACGGAUAGGGACACAACAGACCUUGCCCUUCGGGUCCAGAUCACCAAUCAGAAGAAGAAGACUGCCUACAUUGAGAAUUCUGAAUGGGAGUAUUAUAAGCAAAAAGCUAAAUUCAAGCAUUUACUCCUUAGUGAUCGCAGUACUUCGUUCUUCCAUUCUCUUGUUAAUAGGAACAACUCACGCAAUUAUAUUGCAUUCCUCUAUAGGAGAGACAGUACCAUCACGGGGGAGCAAGAGGAGAUCAUUAGUGAGUUCAUGGAAUUUUACUCGACACUCUUGGAACCAAGAAGGAGCCGGAUCCCAUCAAGGUGGACAUCAUUAGGCAAGGCCCCCUUGUGA